AUGGGGAAGCAGUACUUGUGGGACCAGACUACUCAGAAGGUAAGGAUGGCGAGGGACAAAAUGCAGGCUUCUCAGAGUAGGCAGAAGGCCUAUGCGGACCGUAGGAGGAGACCCUUGGAGUUCGCGACAGAAGAUCAUGUGUUCUUGAGGAUAUUGAGGAGGAUUGGGCCAGUAGCUUAUGAGAUAGCCUUGCCUCCUCAGUUGGCAAAUCUCCAUCCGGUGUUCCAUGUGUCGCAACUGAGGAAGUAUGUGUUUGAUCUGACUCAUGUGUUGGAAGUAGAGGAUAUACAAAUCAAAGAGGACCUCACUGUAGAAGUGCCACCCAUUGCUUUAGACGAUAGCAAAGUUGAGGAAUGCCGAGGAAAAAUAGUCAGCCUUGUCAAAGUCAUCUAG